AUGACUACAGUACCACCACACCGUGGCGCGGCGCUCUGCUACGAUGAAUCCAGGCUCAAAUUCUACGACUCUGCGUGCCGUUAUAAUCUCCCCCUAAAUUCGGAUCAUUGGAGCACCUCGGGUCCUCCCUUAUUCAUCUGCCUAGGUUACGACAUUGGAGAUCUCUUCGUGCCCCGACUCCGCGCUGGGGACGAGGAUGGAUGUGUUUGCAGAUACAAUCUGGACGCGAACGACCACUGGGAAUUUGUGGAGGCAUAUGGGAAGUGCAACCAUGCUUGCACGGCGGAAGAAUUCACCUGCGAUGGCAGCCUGCCCGUUCCUGUCAGCACCAAGUCCAAGGAGAAGAGGUCAUCACCGCUACCGCCGAUGCACAUUGCCGGCGAGAAGAGAACUUCGAUGGCUGCUCCUCCUGUUUCCGUUCCGUGGAAGGCUACUGCUGUUGUGGCGACCGUCUUAUUCUGCCAAUUGAUGCUGUGA